AUGGGCCGGGCCCUUACUCUGCAAGACUUAGGAAUGAACACCAGUGAAUACGUCUGCCGGACCAACACCAGUGGGCUGUGGCAGAUGACCACACCAUUGUGUUCUACAAGGUUUUACACAUUAGAGAUGUUAAUUUUGGUGGCAACACUCUUAUCGAUAAUCACGCUGUGGACUAUCUGUGGAAACACCUUAGUCCUGUUGGCGUUAUUUCGAUACAAGACUCUGCGCACCAUGUCCAACUGUCUGAUUGGGAAUCUGGCAAUAAGUGAUCUCCUCCUGGCACUUACAGUGAUGCCUCUGUCUACUGGUCACGAUCUCCUCGGAUACUGGGUUUUUGGGCAGACCACUUGCACUUUAUGGCUGUGCAUAGACGUUCUCUACUGCACUGCAUCAGUGUGGGGCUUGUGUACUGUAGCAUUUGAUCGUUAUCUGGCCACGGUGUAUCCGGUAUGGUAUCAUGAUCAACGGUCGGUGAACAAAGCCAUGGCAUGUAUUGUAUUUGUAUGGAUAUUUUCUAUUAUAAUUUCUAUUGCUCCAUUUAUCGGAUGGCAACACACAAUUUCAAAUUUUUUCACGUUUAACCCCCAAAUUAGAAGGUACGAAUGCAUUCUAUUUACUUCAAGCAGCUACGUAUUAUAUUCAGCGAUUGGCUCUUUUGUCUUUCCAGCGAUCCUAAUGACUUUCUUAUACAUACGAAUCUUCAUCGUAUUACAUAAUCAAUCCAAAGGGUUGAAAACUAUAACGCUGACAUCCAAUUCUUUAACGAAAGCUGACAUAAGAACUCCGAUAAUCUGUGUGUCAGACGAUGAUCAAGUAAACGGCCUAACAAUGGACUCUACUACAACAACGCUCUUAUCCAACGCUGUGGAAAGCCCUGGUAACUCGGAUGACAUUGAAGAAACAGGAGAAAAAGCAGAGACAGAAUUCAUGCUCUUGAUCAAUGGUAACAAAUCCUUAGACAGUUCUGCUUCACGAAUGCGUACACUGGAAGGGUGUAGAGAGCAUGCAGUUACGCCAAGAUUUAAGCUAGCAGCUCUUCCACCUGGAAAGAGAAGCAACAGUUUUGCGAUGCCAAGUGGCGCGAAGCCUAGCAAGUCAGCAGAAGCCAGUAUGUUGAAUAUAAUCGAUUUCGAACGGCAAAACAGCCACAAUGUGGCCAUACAGAGAAGCACAUCGGACACCGAGUGUCUGAAUUCAAACACACAAGAAUACAAGCUUUCAAACGCCUGCAACCGGAGCAAAAGUGCCAGCGCACUGUCCUCUGGAGAAGAGGAUGACAAGUUCCUCACUCCGCCCAUACAACGCAGGUCACUUCCCUGCACAAUGAGCAUUUUUCGUCGCAACAGUAAAAUGACAACGAGUAUGAAAAGGAGGUUCGAGUUACGCGAGCAGAGAGCUACAAAACGUAUGUUGUUGAUUAUGGCGUGUUUCUGUGUGUGCUGGAUGCCAUUUCUCUUCAUGUAUGUUCUGAGAAGCGUGUGUUGUACGUGCAUCAUGAAUAAACAUGUCAUUGCAGCAAUUAUAUGGUUGGGCUAUGCAAACUCCAGCCUAAAUCCUAUCCUGUACACUUUGUUUAAUGACGAUUUUAGAAACGCCUUCAAAAAACUGUUGGGGUACAAGUCAGCAGUAGCCAAACAUGGGGUUAGACAAUGA